GAUUCGCCGGAGCCGCCUCGAAAAGGGGCGGAGCCGACGGCGGCGAUGGUUGUGAGGAGAGCGAGGAGGCUCGACUGGGACUCGUAAUCGCCUUUCACCGUGUUUCCAACCGACAGACGUCGCUGUUUCUAUUCACACACGCACACAACGAGCACUUCUACACAUAGCUCAUGCUUUGCGGUUGCCUUAAUCCCCAAAUACAGUCGGCUCCAUACGAGUCAGACAAAAUGCUCAAUUCGAAACUGAAGCACAAUGAACCACAAACAUUCGUCAAUACUUCGAAUAAGGAUGCAAUGGCACACCUUGUCGACCUCGAGGAGAUUGUGCUCAACUGGGCCAAGCUGAUAUUCGACACGACCAAAUCAAAAGCAGAAGCGAAAAUCAAGAAGAAGUAUUUAGCUUUCAACAUCAACUGGACGAAAUUAUUUCAAGAAUCAAUGGAACCUGAGUAUGGCUAUCAAGGAGCCAAAGGCAAUGUGUCUGCACCAAAAGAGGAAAAGGUUCUAUUCAAAACGACAUUCACCAAUACAACCCAACGAGAGCAGGAGUACUCCUUCAAAACUGAGCGUUGCACGAGGAGCACAUCUACCGUAAUCAUUGAAAAAGGUGUAUGCCGUGGAAUGGAAGUGGCACUCAAAUUGAAAACCCCAUGUGAGGUUGUCGAAGCUAAUGCAGGGUUUCACCAGGAAGUAAAUUUAACUCAUAUCGGUGAAAACACCAGCGAGGAAGAAUUGAGCUGGGGUGUAGAUAGCUGUGUACGGGUGCCACCAUCAAGUGAGACAGUUGCCGAAUUAGUAAUCCUUGAAGAGCAAUGUAGACGUGAUUUCCGAAUCGAAAAUCGAAUGAGUGGCAAGAUCUUGGUUACUGUGACCAAUUUGAAGUUGAACAAUAGCCUCGUCACUGUGAUCGAAGGCAACAUUGCCGAUAUUAUCCGUGGAAUGCCUAAUUACGGUUCGAAAGGCUUUACGAUCGAAGGAAAUAUCGUAAAGUACGAAACCGUGGGCACGUGUAUAUUCCGCUAUGGUGUCGAGCAGAAAGUGAAAAUCAACGAGACUGCGAUACGAAGUUAUUACAAGUGAAUCUGGUCAAUUGGUGCUUUGGGUUUGCCUCAAACACUUUCAUCCAUUCGUUGUGCGUGUGAUUGCUCUAAAAAAGGAUUCGUGCCAACCGGCUUCAGGAGAACACAUCUACCCCUACUCGCAAUUUGUUAAAUAACCAGUUACACCAAUUAUCCUUAAAACCUAACUGAUCAGAGAUUCACUCUUUCCAAGCACCUCCCUCACUUACGUAUCCCUUGCAUCUGGAAUCACUAUCUAGUAAGAUGUUUUCUAGAGAAACCAUACUGGUGACCUUACGUGAAAACUCGCCUACACGGCCCCUACGGCCUUGAUGGCAGUCUCUUCAUCUGCUAUUGUAUGUAUCAUCUAUACUUAGUAAUGCGAUAUGGAGUUGGCAUGGAUCCUACAUAUUAUGCGAAGGGUACACCUACGACCGCAGUUGCCCAAAAGCCCCUAGGCACCUAAUUCAUAUUUUUGCAGAAUUCUGAAUUUUCGAUUGUUGAGUAUCCGCUUUUUUCAAUGGAAUCGUUGUUGAUUUGUAUAUUGUUCUUAUGAAUUUGAACUCGUCCGGUUGCAGCAUAUUGUGAUCUUGCUUAAACAUUGAAUGCAAAAAUAAAACUAAUUGAUGCUAACGUACAA